GCUGUCCACUACAAUUUAUGUCUUGAACUAACGUUCGCGUUUUAUUUUUAUCGUGAUGAUUUACUUUUCUGUGGAAUGGUCUGGAUAUGCAACUAGUACUGAAGCCUACGCCAUAAUCAUGAUAGGCUUUAUCGGUGCGUUCCUAAACGGGUUCCUCUCUGUCUUUCUGUCUCAUUAUCUGAGGAGAAGAAUGAUAAUCCCUCAAAAAAUAGUUUAUCUAAACCUCGCAAUCUCAGAGUUACUCUUUUCAGUCGUUGCUAUUGCUCUCCGGGGACCAGGUUUACUGACCAACACCUGUAAUUUCUCCUCCACAUUCUGUAAGAUAGCUCGGUACGCUGAGUCCUACUCUUCUAAAGUAGAGAUGUUGGCUGUGCUGCCCAUCACACUCUCCGUCCUGAUGCUAACCGUCCGGGGGAUCAGUAGCUGCACCACCAGGAACAUGAUCCUCCUCUGCACUGCUGUUUGGAUAAUCCCCGGCUUGUAUCUCGGAUCAUUCUCUCUGUUAGGAGUCCUAAAACCUGGAACUUUUGAAAUUGUGGCCGCUAAUGAUAGCAGAAAAUGUGACUUUGGAGGAGAAGAAUACCAGCACUAUGUCCUUGGGGAGAGCAUAUUGUUUUUCUACUUCCCAGUGUUUGCGUGUGUAGUGACGUACUCUGUAGUGGGGUUCUACCAGCUUAGAUAUCGUGUGCUAGGUGUGGGGAGGCUGAUAAGACGGGGACUCUGGAUCACGUUCUUCUACUGCCUAUGCUGGAUCCCCUUCAUGGUGCUCCUGUCUCUAGCAGAGCACCAUCACCUCGACAGAGAUCUACUCCUCUACACUUAUCUCUUCUUCUACCUCUCUGUCAUCAUCAACCCCUCAGUCUACGUAUUCACUUCUAAACCGUUCCAAGUGAAGAUGCAGCAGUUUCUGUCAUCCCGUCGACCUUCACCCCCUACUCGCCCUGAUCCUGGCCUGGUGCACGUCAAUGACAGAGCAGAUUUUGAGGUGGGUAGAGGGGCAGGGAGUCUAGUGGAGACUACUGAUGGUGUGCAGGGGGUUGUCUCUAUGUGCGAGGAGAUCAGUGAUGCUGAGCUCAUUGAUAUUUAUCAUUGAAUUAACAGAUGUAGACUCUAUAGUAGCGUCAAACGUCCAGAGUAUAAACUAAUGACUAAAAUAUGAUGUUUCUCUAGAAAACCACAUUUGAAUUAUAAACUUUAGACUUAGAGACUGACCUGAAGUGGGGGUCCAGGAGUUUUCGGGGCAUUCGAUACACCUGACACUGCCUCUGCGGUUACUAUAGUAACCCUGAGGGCAGGGUAGACAGUGAACCCCAUCCUCGUCAGGUUGGUACGUUCCUUGUGGGCAGAUCCUGCACUCUGUGUCACCCUGGCUGUUUUGCUUUUUGGUGUAGCCCAUUGGACAUUCCUUCCCUGCGAUCGAAGAUUCUUUGUUGAACUGUAAUUCUAUUGAUUGAUUUAUGUAUUAUUGUGUUUCUCAAACAGUUUUUAGAUUUGUCAUGAUAGAACUAUAGAAUAUCAAUCACCAACAUUUGCAUUGAUCAGGUACGUUG